GUAAACUGUACGCUCAGAAGUACAGGAAGGAGUGGGAAUCAAAUCCUGAAUUCUAAGGCUGGUUGAAGCCGUUUAUUGGAGAUGAUACACGGGCAUAUUGCCUGUAUUGUAAGGCUGAUUUUUACGCCAAACUUUGUGAUGUAAAAAAACAUAUGGCAACUCAGAAACAUACUCAACAGGCAAAGCCAUAUAACAGUUCCACCCAAAGCAAGCUGCCAAGUCUGCUUUGAUUGAUUUGCAGUUGUGGGUCUGUAUUAUAUCAUUGUAUUACUACUGUUAUGAAAGUCACUCUAGUGCAUUGUUCAUUCUAAGGUGGUGUUUAUCCUAAAGAUGUAUUGUUCCAAUGAGCAUUCAUAAUGAACAACAAAUACGUGUAAAUGAUCUGUCAAACUACGUCAUCACUAGUGGACGAAGCAUGUAUCGCUGGCUCUAGCAAGUUCGUACUUAUGGUUCAUACAAACAACACAACCCGACAGAAACAAUGGCCUCAGAUGAUGCAUUCAAAGUGUCUUCCCUAAGGGGGAAAGUGACCCUGAUCACAGGGGCCAGCUCGGGCAUCGGGGCCGGCACCAGCGUCCUAUUCGCCAAACUCGGAGCUCUGCUGGCUCUUAACGGCCGCGACGUGGAAAACCUGAAAAAAAUAUCCAAACAGUGCACUGACUGCGGAGCUGCCGAGCCCUUGCUUGUCCCUGGAGACCUCACUGAUGAAGAGGUGGUGAAGAAGACGGUGGAGCAAACUAUUUCUCACUUUGGCCGGCUGGACGUCCUGGUGAACAGCGCUGGUAUCCUGGCCAUGGGUAGCAUAGAGACAACAGACCUGGCUCAGUAUGACAAGAUCAUGAACAUCAAUGUCAGAUCUGUAUACCACCUAACUCAGCUUUGUGUGCCCCACCUGAUCAAGACCAAAGGCUCCAUCGUCAACGUGUCCAGUGUCAAUGGGCAGAGAUCAUUUCCUGGUGUGCUGGCCUAUUGCAUCUCCAAGUCAGCCAUUGAUCAGUUCACAAGCUGUACAGCACUUGAGCUGGCACCAAAGCAAGUCAGAGUGAAUUCUGUCUGCCCUGGUGUGAUCAUCACUGAUGUCCACAAGAGAGCGGGACUAAAUGAGGAGCAGUAUGCCCAGUUUCUAGCGAAAUGUAAGCAGACCCAUGCCCUCGGUCGCCCGGGGGAGGUGGAGGAAGUGGCACACGCCAUCGCCUUCCUGGCGUCUGAUGCUGCCAGCUUCAUCACUGGAGUCAACCUUCCUGUUGACGGGGGCCGCCAUGCCAUGUGCCCCAGAUAGGAUCAUGCAUGUUGAGAUACAGCAGCCUGAUAAUAUAUUGCUUUCAACAAACAA